CCCAAACCGAGUCAGGAGACUUCGGAGGGCAGGGCUUCCUGUGAAAAAGGGCCGGGAGGACGGUGGGUGACCUCCUGGCUGGCUCUGCGGGCUUCCUGCCCGGCGAGGACUUUGCGAAGUCACCCGCACGAGGCCGCUCUUGGCGCGCGCGUGGGAGGUUCCGUGGCGCCGGAGGAUCGGCGACUGGCGGGUUCGGCGAGCUCGCACUGCCGUGGCAGGGACGGUCCCCCCACGAGGCCACGUCCUGCCAUUUUCGUCAGAGGCUCAGCAAGGCUCACGAACCCUCAAGUCCCCAGGAGAAGAGACAAGGCUCUGGAGUCCUGAUCUAGCUAACUGCCGUCACUGGAAGGCUCUCAGGCCAGAGAGCAUCAUGUUGUCCUUUGAAGAUGCUGACACAGAAGAGACCGUAACUUGUCUCCAGAUGACUGUUUAUCAUCCCAGCCAGCAGCAAAGUGGAAUAUUUAAAUCAAUCAGGUUUUGCAACAAAGAGAAAUUUCCUUCUAUUGAAGUGGUGAGAUUUGGACGGAAUUCCAACGUCUGUCGCUACACUUUUCAGGACAAACAGGUUUCCCGAGUGCAGUUUGCUUUACAGCCAUUUAAACAGUUCAACAGCUCUGUUCUCUCAUUUGAAAUCAAAAACAUGAGUAAGAAGACCAGUUUGAUGGUCGACAACCAGGAGCUUGGCUACCUCAAUAAAAUGGACUUGCCCUACAAGUGCAUGCUUAGGUUUGGAGAGUAUCAGCUCCUGUUGGAGAAGGAAGAUGGGGAGUCAGUGGAAUCUUUUGAGACACAGUUUAUCUUGUCUCCGAGACCACUCUUACAAGAAAACAACUGGCCAACACAGAGCCCUACACCCGAGGAUGGGGGCUAUUCAUCCUAUUUCACCCAUAGGACUUCUCCUACAGAGAUGGAUGAGAAUGAAGUGUGAACAGAAUCCAAGCAGAGAAUCAUGAAGGAUGAGGACCACCCAUGGAUAGACCCUUGAAAGACACUCUACCUCUUAAGCGUUUAGAGCCUAGUGUUGAACAGAUAUCUGCAUGCUGACUUUGGGUUUAGUAAUAGCAUUUGGAAGUCUGUGGACUGUGUUUGUCAUCAACUUCGUCAGCUCUUUGCAUUCUGGACCUACAGAGAAUUAAGUAUACAUCUGUAAGGGUUAGUGUACAAAACGUAUCUCCUGUGUAAUGUUAUUCUUGCUCCUUUUCCUGCUUGAUGGCUCACCCAUGCUUUGUUUUGGUAACAGCCAUCUCUUGGCUUGGUCACAUCAUUUCAUAGCAGCCUUUGGCUUCCAGGUUCAGAGCACAGGCAGAUUGUUCGCUGGUGCCUGUGACAUGUUCCUACUUGUAGAGCCGGAAUCCUGGAAUGAGUUCUAGAGUCCCUUCUGAGUCACUGUGGGUUCAUUAUGGAAAGUUUUGAAAAAAAGCACCUUGAUUUUCUUUCUGUGGAAUUAUAAUGUCUACUCCUAAGAUGUCAGUGUUGCUUUUCUGUAUGGAGGACCUACAAUUAACAUUUAAAGAACAUUGAGAUUAAAAUUAUUUGCCACACA